AUGAGGCCGGUCACCGUGCGCACGGGCAAGGUCGCCUGGAAGAUGACCUCUCGCUGGGUCGCUCUAUACAUGUUCUUGGCAGUUCUGGCGGCGACGCCGCAGACAGGGGCCGCUCAGACCGCGGGCCUGGAUGCAGCGGACGCAUCGCGCAGCUGGGUCGACGUGACAGCGAGCAGCUGGGCCGAGGUGAGGUCCGCGGCCAGCACCUCGUCCCUCAGCAACCCAGUGCGGAUCACGCUGACUCAGGACAUCACCGCGGAGUGCGCCCCCGUGACCACGGGUGGAGCAAAUGGGGUUGCCGCACCCCUGUGGAUCCGAGGCAACUGCGACGCGGCCACGUCCCCGCUGCGCUCUGACGCGGCACGCAGCCUCGAGGCGGCGACGGGCCGGCACCCCUGCCGGCUGUGGGCCAACAACGUCGCCGACCCGCCCCAGAGGCACGGCGUCGAGGACUGCGCACCGUACAACGUGCUUCCUGGAGGCACGCUCGUCCUGGAGGGAGUCGAGCUCGUCGGCUGCACGAGCAGGAACGCGGAGGGGUGCGGCGAGGUUGCGCAGGGAGGCAGCAUCAUUGUCGGGCAGGUGGCGCUGGCGUUCAACUACGCGCGCGGCGUCGGCUCGGCCUUCGGCGUGCGUGGCACCGCCCAGGUCGAGGACUCGUACGGCAGCGACAACGUCUCCGGCAGUCGCGGGCCCGGCGGCGACGUGCACAUCUGGGCCGAGGGGACGCUCGUGAACCAGCGCGCCACGGCCGACGUCGAAGUGACCUACGAAGUGGAGCCGGCCACGUCCCCGCCACCGGCAGCGCCCGCAACGCCCGCGCCUGGGCCGUCGGACGCGAGCGCGGAGGGAUCGCCGUCGCAGCAAGACACAGACAGGCAGCAGGGGCAGCAGGCCGGCGGCGCGGGGGGGCCGGGGGGCGACGCGGCGCUCGAGCAGGGCGAGAUCGCGUCUGAGGGCAGCGGCGCCGCGGUGUCGCCGCUGGGCAUCGGAGGCAUUGUGGGCGGCUGCGUGGGGCUGUUCGCGCUCGUGGUGGUGGCCGUGGUGGGCGUGCGGUACGCGGCGGCUCGGCGCGCGCGCGUGGCGGUGAUCGAGAACCAGGAGGUCUGGUUCGGGCGGCGCAAGGGCAUCUUCGGGACGGGCAACUGGGAGAAGGCGGCCGCAAUUGAGCUGCAGCUGCGGGACAAGGCGAAGGAGGUGGCCGGGGACAUCUCGCGGUACAACACCGCCAAGGACUCUCAGUGGGCCGCGGUGAACGAGUUCCUGAAGGACCUGAAGCAGAAGCGCGACGGCGGGCGCCGGAAGCGGCCAAGCUUCUUUCAACGGUUGUCGGGGCGGCUGUCACGCAGGACAAGCGCGGCGGCGCUGUCUCGCGGACAGAGCCUCGCGGCUGCCGCCGCAGAGGCGCAGGCGGGCAUGAAGGCCCGGCCGACAGCCACAGGGCCGUACCAGCCCGCACGCCGCGUGGGCUCCGGAGAGGAACCCCCCCCGUUCGUCCUCAACGGCGCCCAGGCGCAAGCCGACCGCAUUCUCCGGUCCCUCCCAGACAGCCGCGUGGCUCGCGCUGCGCUGGCUCCCGUCAUCACGCCAGAGAGGCUGACCCCCCCCACCAAGCCCGAGCCCGCGGCGCCCGCGACGGGUCGGGGCCCUGAGCCGCAGCGCGGUCCGCGGCCGAGCGUCGACCGCACCUCGCCGUUCGUGUCCCCGGCUGCGAGCAAGCGGGAGGUCGACGCGCUCCCCCCCACGCGCUCGAUUCACUUUGGCCCAACGCCCAGCCUGGGGCGCGUCCCCGGUGCCGCGCGGACGGGCGGCGGUCCGGUCGCGAGCCCCGCCGGCGUGGCGACGCGGCACUCGCGCGCCGGCGAGCGGCAGCGGGGCAGGCGCGCGCGGCGGCACCCGCAGGCGGAAGCCGUGGUGCGCAGCACCUUGCGCACGCAGAAGAGCGCCGGGAAGGGCCUCGCGCGGGGCAAGUCCGGCACCGUGUCGGUACACGACGGUGCGGGUGCGGAGCUGCGUUCUGCGCUGUCCAGGGCCCAGCAGCAGCAGCCACCUGCUCGCCAAGCAGAGAGUGCGAACUCGGACCUGUCUGGUGCGGUCUCGCCGGUCGCGUAG